AUGGAGGUACAGAGUUUGGAGUUUCCCCAGCUGGUUGUUAGUCUUGCUUUGGCCCAGUACUUCCUAACUAUUCUCCUCUUCCUGCAUUUUGGAAUGGAUGCACUGACCUAUGAGGAUGUGCAUGUGAACUUCACUCAGGAAGAGUGGGCUUUGCUGGAUUCUUCACAGAAGAAUCUCUACAAAGAUGUGAUGCUGGAAACCUACUGGAACCUCACUUCUAUAGGGUACAAAUGGGAAGACCAGAAUAUUGAAGAACAUUGUCAAAGUUCUAGAAGACAUGGAAGGUAA